UCCAUUCAUUCCACCCAUCAAAAUCUUGGUUGUGAGACUUAAAAAAAAAAAAAUUGUUGUUGAGAGAGUUGUGAGGCAUUACAUACAAUGGCGAUGAUAGUGGAUGCAUUUGCUACACAACUGGUGAAAAGGCUCACAAAGGUCAUUGAAGAGAAGGCCAUCAUGGUGUUAGGAGUCAAGAAUGAACUCCAAGAGCUUCAGCGAAAGAUGGAGAGGAUCACAUGUGUACUCAAAGAUGCUGACAGGAGAAGGAUACAAGACGAGACUGUCAAAUUAUGGGUCAAUGAGCUGAAGGAUUGGAUGUACGAUGCCGAAGACAUCAUUGAUCUUUGCAUGAUACAGGGUAUGGGGCUCUUGCAAGAUGAUCAUAAUUCUCCAGCUGAGUCAAGUACUACUGCUUCCACACGGGUACGCUGCUGUAACUUUUCUAUGCUCUCUUGUGUGCGCAGUGUGCCAUUUCGCUAUGAGAUUGCUGAUAAAAUUAAGAAUCUCAAUGUUAAGUUAGAAAAGAUAUCUAAGGAUAAGGAUAACUUUAAUUUCAUAAUUUCUUCUAAAUCAAGUGAUGAUGCAUAUGUCAUGAAUGACGCUUCCUAUCGCCAGAGUUCCUUUUUACCAGAAUCUGACAUUGUGGGUUGGGAUAUUAUAGAUGCUACUAACAGUCUUGUUGAAUUAUUAGUCUCUCAACAUCAACAGAAAUGUCGUCUUUUUGGGAUUGUUGGCAUGGGGGGCAUCGGCAAAACUACUCUAGCGCAAUUGAUAUAUAAUGAUUCGAAGAUAAAUGAUGAUUUCGUGUUGCAUUCAUGGAUUUGUGUUUCAAAAUUUUACACAUCAAGGACCGACUUGCUGAAGGAACUCAUAAGAAAUGUUGGAGGUACUUCCGGAGAGGCAACAACAACCGCAGAGUUACAAAAAAUACUUUGUGAUGUUUUAUAUGGGAAGAGCUUAUUUGUGGUUUUGGAUGAUGUUUGGGAUGCAGAUGUAUGGAUUAAUUUAAUUAAAAUUCCAGUUGAAAGAACAACGACAAAAUGCAGGGUUGUGAUUACGACAAGAGACAGGAACACUGCUAUAAAAAUGGGGGCAAUUCAUAUCCACAAUGUCAACAAACUACCUUUGAAUUUUGGUUGGGAAUUGUUAUGCAAAAAAGUUUUCACAAAUAAUGAUGAGAGCGAGAUUCGGAGAAUGAAGGAUAUAGGGAUGAAGAUUGUUGAGAAAUGCGAUGGUCUUCCCCUUGCAAUAAAAGUCAUUGCGGGUGUUCUGAUAACAACUGAGCAAAAAUAAAAGCAGAAUGGGAGAAUGUACUAAACAGUAGUGCUUGGACUAUUACAGGACUUCCAGAAGAGCUUCGAGGAGCGCUAUACUUAAGCUAUGAAGCCUUACCUUCAGCACUAAAACAUUGUUUCCUCUAUUGCUCCCUCUGCCCUCACGAUGGUCACAUAAAUUAUAAUUAUCUUGUUUGCGAUUGGAUUGCAGAAGGUUUCAUAGAACCAAAUGGAAAUACAUCAAUGGAGGAUGUCGCAAAAGGCUAUUUACAUGGAUCUGAUUAAAAGGAGUUUUUUACAACCUGAUCCUAAUUUUGUUGAUAUGCAUAUAUGUACAAUGCAUGAUUUAUUGCGAGCUCUUGGUAAAUUUCUAAUAGGUGGUGAAAGUCUUUCAGGAGAUUCUCAAACAUCACAAAGCAAUAGCUCUAUAAUAAAAUUACGUCGUUUGCUAAUUUUCAGUGAAAUGGAGAGUGUGAACAUUCCACAUCUUGAGUGCCUGAGAAAUCUACAGGUAUGGACCGCUCUAAGUUUGGACAGGCAAAUGAUUAGAAGCUUUAAGCAAUUGCGUUUAUUGAUUCUCCAUGGAGUUGAAAUUGAGACUAUCCCCGACAAUAUUGGGGAUUUAGUACACUUAAGGUAUCUUAAUCUGAAACAUACGAGAAUAUGCAAACUACCGGAUUCUGUUGGAAAUCUCAUCAACUUGCAAUUCUUUAUACUUAGUGAUUGUAAGUCUUUGCACAUCCUUCCAAGAAGCAUAACUAUGUUAUGCAAUUUAAGGAGACUCGAUCUUACCGACACUCCUGUGAAUUACGUGCCAAAGGGAAUAGGUAAGUUAGAGCAUCUUAAUCAUUUGAGAGGAUUUACUGUUGAAGACUCUGAUGGUGACAAUGGAGAGGGAUGCAACAUAGAAGAUCUACAAAUGCUUAACGAUCUUAGCCAUCUUCAAAUAGACAAGUUAGAGAAAGCAAGUAAAAGUAAUGCAGCGCUUUUAAAUAAGCCUCGCCUCAAAACUGUAGUGCUUCGUUGCACGGCCAAAGGUGGUGGAUGUCAUCAACGAGAUAUGGACAGGAUUGUACAAGUCUUUGAUGAGCUAUGCCCUCCACCAUGCCUUGAUCACCUACAAAUUCAUUACUAUUUUGGUGAGAGAUAUCCACAGUGGAUGUCAUCCAAUUCCAUCAGUUCAACUCUUCCAGAACUGACUUAUUUGGAACUUAUUCAUUGCUCUAACUGCCCUCAGCUUCCCCAACUUGGCCAACUGCCCCAACUCAAGUAUCUAAAGAUCCGGGGGGCAACUUCAGUUAUAUCAAUCGGCAGUGAAUUUCUCGGCAAUGGAAAACUUGCAGCCAGUGCCUUCCCUAAGCUUGAAUACUUAAUACUCUUGGAAAUGACUAAUUGGGAGCAAUGGUCACUGGUCAGUGCAGAGGAUGACAACGAGAUUGAAUCUAGCAAGAUAAUACACUUCCCCCGUCUCCAAACUAUUGACAUUGAACGCUGCCCAAAGCUGAAAGCUCUUCCGAGAGGCUUGAAUCAUGUGCAAAAAUUGGUGAUUAUAGAAGCUCACAGUCUUUCAAGGGUCUCUGAUCUACCUGCCUUGAGAGAAUUGCAAGUCAAAAAUUGCCCAAUGUUGGACUGUGUUGAAAAGCUUGAAUCUUUGCAGAGCUUGAUAAUAAGUGAUGAAAGGGUUGAUAGUCUGCCUAAAUGGCUCAUCUCUUUCCUCCAACAACACGAAAGUCAUCACAACAAUCGAUUCCAUUUACGUUUGGUGUGCAGUGCCCAAGCAUUGAAGGGAUGUUUGAAAGGGCGUCCCUAUUGGUGUUUCCUCCAGCAAGUUCCACGCUUGGAAGCCUAUGCAAAGAAUGGAAGCAUGUAUUUAAAGUACACCAAGGAACCAUUUUCCUACCAAACCAACCUUGAUGAAGGCACAACUAAUGAGGACUAGGAUGAAAGUUUGAAGUUUAAUGAGAUGUAGGCACCAUGAUUGGAGUGGUGGGUAAACAAAUUAAACAGCGUCAAAAGGCUCAUGAUGAUCAAGAGAAUAACAGUCUCUUUAACUGUCUCAUCUACUUUUCUCCAACAGCGUGAAAAGCCUCAUGACGAUUACUUGUUCUUGCAUCAGACUGCAAUGCUCAAGCACUAGGAUACAAAAGCAUGUAUUAAUUUGAAGUGCAUCAAAUAACCAUAUUUUUAUGAAACCAAUCUUUUCUUGAAGACAUGACUGGCUGUGGAGAUUUAAGAGGAUGAAAUCUUUUAUUUGAAUUCAACUCAGAACUUCCAAGAAUGAGAUGUAAUAUGCAUUACUGGCAAAUUAACAUGUGGCUUGAUCAUGACUCAAGUGUAUAAUAAUUUGAUGGUUCAAAUUACUUGGUUAUUCAACUUGAGAUGAAAUAAGGCUGAAGCAGUUGAAUGAGAUGUGGACAAGUAGAAUGACUGGUUUAUGUGGGUCAUGAAUUCCAUCGCCGUUCCUGCAGGAGUACAAGGGGGCAAGCUGCUAUGCUUUGGCCUCCUCCCUUACCAUGCUUUCUUUAAUUUUCAACGUUCUAUGUGGAUAUGGUGGGCAAGCAAUGACGUAAUCCAUCAGAUACAGUUCAAGCUCAUGAUAUUGAUUCAUUCUCCAAUUUUAUCUAUUCACACUCUUCCAGUUCCUUCAGAAUCAAUUGACUAGUGAACUGACCUUGAAGCCAGGAUUCUAGCUCAAAAAUGAAAUGAUUCAUAUGUGGAAGUGUUAUUAGAUGUGAGAACAUGAAAACAGGCAAGCAUAUUGAAUUCUUAUCAACUGAGAUUUGCUUUAAUUUUCACAGAAGGUCCAGAAAAGAUAGGUAAGCAUAUUUGCAUGGCAAUGACCUGAUGAAUGCACUGCAAAAUUGUUUGAGAGUGAUCUCUAAUCUCACAAGACAUUCAUGAGCAAUUAAAGAUACAACAAAGGGAUUCAAAGCUUACUAAAAUUAACCAUUGUCCUCUGUUUUCCACCAUUAACAACAGAAAGAUGCAUCAAGAGCACUGCAUGAGAAGUUCAAGAAAGUAUAGUGGAGCAUGAUGAGGAUUUUUCUCUUGAUGUAUGCUACUCCGACAAAGCUUUGGGAGGGAUUUCUGGUUUUUUGUAAAUUCUAAUAAUAAAAGAAUCCAUAUGAUAUUCAAUAGGGUGGUGGGAGGUUGUGAAUGUUUGCACAUCCUUCCUAUGACCAUAACUAAACUAUGCAAGGCUCCAUUUGGAAGACGCUCCUUUGAACUGCAUUAUUAAAGGAAUAGGUAAGUUCGAACAUCUCAAUAAUCUAACUCGAUUAAGAUGUUAUUAACAAAGAUGUGCAGGGAGGAGAGGGAUGCAACUUGGAAGAGUUACUGGCACUUAAAAAGCUUGCUUAGCUUCAAAAUCGACAAGCUGGAGAAAGCCAACAAAGUUGCAUCAGUAUUUUCUAUGCUCAACUAUAAAGGACACAGUCAACUACAAGAGAUGAACAAGCUUGCGGAACGUUUUGAUGUGUUAUCCCUUCUCUUCUUCACCUGACUAUUUUGCAUCUUGCUGACUGCAAGUUCCUGCCUUUGGCGUCUCCAGCAUGGCUAACUGGGAUGAAUAUAUGGUCCUUAAAUGCCUAUUAUUGUGGAACAUGCCUAUCCAGGAGGCUUAAGUCAUAUCAACAUUGAAGAUUUUGGAAAUUGGGGGUGUUCAAAGUGUUUCAAUGAUAUUUGAUCUCCCUACCUUGAGAUUUCUGGAUGUUGUUGAUUGCCCAAUGCUGGAGUGCAUCUAGAAGCUCGAGUCUCUACAGAGGUUGAAGCUGAUAUAUUGAUCAUUUAGAGAACAACAUUAGUCUCUUUGAGUGGCUCAUCACUUUCCUCUAACACCAUGAGAAGCCUCAAGACAGUCAGUCUCAUUUUAAUUUCAAGUGCCCUGCACAAACAUUGAAGUGAUGUUUCAAAGGGAACCCGUGUUGGUCAUUCCUUGAACAAAUGCCCUGCUUCAUCACCUACAAAUAAGACAGAAGCAUGUGCUUGAAAUGCACAAAGCCAUUUUCUUAUGAAAGCAACCUUGUUGAAGACAUGACUGGUUUGCAUUAGUCAUGAUAUAUCUCGAUUCUUCUUCUUCUUUUUCCCUUCCCAUUCUUCUUCUUCUAGAUAUAUAUUGAAAGUGCCUAGCUAAUUAUGAUAUGUAUGUCUUGUAAUAGUGGCACCCUAUAUGAAGAGGGGUAUGAAUACUUGAAUUUUACGUAGACCACUGAAGAAUGAAACGUGGACCUGUAUGACUGGAGGAAUGGUGGGUAAACAUAUUCUCCAAUAGAGUGAAAAGCCUCAUGACAAUCGCUUCUUUUUGCAUUUGGAGUGCAGUCUCAAGCAUAGGGGGAUGCUUGAAAGGGCAUUCACACUGGUUGUAACUUGUUCCUCCAGCAAGUAACCUGCCUUUUAGCUGAUACAGAGGACAGAAGCAUGUACUUGAAGCACAUAAAAGGACAAUAGUCCUCUGACCCCAGUGUUUUCUUGAAGAUAUGAACA